CUCUACAGAGAUCUCUACAGCACUGAGAUCCAGACAUGGCACCUACAAUCACUGCAGCACUGACCAACUCACAGGAGCCUCACACUCUGACCCACAAGCUCAGAAAGCCUCUGGUGGAGAAGGUACGCAGAGAGCGAAUCAACAGCAGCAUUGAGCAGAUCAAGUCUCUCCUGGGCGCAGAGUUUGUCCAACAGCAGCCAGACUCCAAGCUGGAGAAAGCAGACAUCCUGGAGAUGACAGUUUGUGUCCUGAGACGACUGCAGCAGCACAAUGAGAAGCAGAGGAGACUGCUGAACCACGUCAACAAGAUGCAGUCUUCCUCUGAUAAGAACCUGAGAGAGGCUGACUUCUCUCUGCUGAGCUCCACAGUCCAGACCAGCAUCUCCAAAGAGAAAAGUCCAGUCUACAGCGCCCCCUGGAGGCCGUGGUAGAGCCCUCCAGACUGG